AUGGGCGCCGGCGGCUCGACGCAGACGCCCAAGCGGCACGACCGCCGGAGCCGAGGUUCACGCGACUCCGAGGACACGGGCAGCACCGCCUCGGCGUUCGGCCGCGGCGAUAGGGAACGCUGCCUCCUCCACGCGCAAGCCGUAGAUAAACACUCUACCUUAUUACCGGACCACGCGCGAUUGGAGCUCGAAGCGCUCAUCUCAACGCUCGAGCACGGCCGCGUCUACGACGACGACGACGAUUCAAAAGCCAGUUCAUUGAACGACCUCCAGCACUUCGCUCCCCACAGUAAUGAGAAGGUCCAGACGUGGCUGAGAACUACUUUGUGUACGGACCAAGAAGGUCGGGAUGUGAGAAAGUCCACCGACGUCACGGAUGCGCGGACGUCGGUCACUGGACUGCCCUCGACGUUUCUCCUGACGGACGCUCGGACGUCUGUAUCAACACUGAGAGGUUCCCAGACCGAUAUCAUAGCUGCUGCUGCCGCGGGUGAUUUAGAAGCUUUACGUAAAACACCAAAAGAAAGAAUUGACGACGGCGACUACGACCAGCGAACAGCUCUACACUUGGCGGCGUCGAACGGCCGAUUAACCGUAGUAGCGUGUCUCGUCGAUGAAUUGGGCGCAAAUAUCUCCCCAAUUGAUAGGUGGGGCGGGACGCCCCUCGACGACGCGGUCCGACAUGCCCAUACGUCUGUCAAAGAUUUCCUCGAGGGUAGAGGUGGUUUAAGAGGUGUCAGUCAACCAGGAGAGUGGGACGAGGGUGCCGAUUUGUGCGACGCGGCGAAGAAGGGCGACGUGGCACGGUUGCGGCGCUUGGCGAUGCAGAAGCAGCAGGGCGUGAAUCAGGCGGAUUAUGACGGGCGGUGUGCGCUACACUUGGCUUCUUGUAGUGGUCGGUUAGAUGUUGUUAGAGUGCUGGUCGAGGAGCUCAAUGCGGCAUUGGACGUAUCAGAUAGGUGGGGCGGUACUGCGUUAGAUGAUGCGGAGCGCGAGGGUCAUUCUGCUGUGGUAGACUAUCUGAUGGAAAGGGGCGCACCUCGAGGGUAUUCUCGUCGCUCGAGACACACGCGCUGACGCUCGACGACUUCCCGGACGAAUUAGAUGAUGUGGACGUGCAAGUAAGGGUCACGGAGGCGUGGCUCGCGGCGCUGAAAGAAAGAACGAGAGAAGACUUCGACGGACGCCGAGGACGAUUUCAGGACGCUGCCCGCGUUCAAAUCCGUGGACGCGUGGACGGAGGAUGUCCAGUUCGACAUUGAUUCGUGGGAGUACGACGUGAUUAAGCUCCAUGAGAUGACGAAUGGCCAUGCUCUCGCAGCUGUAGGGCCCAUCUUGUUACAACGACAUAGUCUGAUGGAGCGAUGCGCACUCGAUCAAAGUGUAGUGCAAAGC